AUGACCACCAGUGUUUGGAGGACAGGUGCCAUGUUUGCGCAGCACGCACAGCGCCGUUUUCCGACAGGGUUCAGAGAGACUUCAGCACCAGAGUACUUGGACGCUGGUAUCGGCUAUGGUGGGCAGCUAAUACAGGUGUACAGUUGCUUGACCUACAUCAUUAUUUUGUCCUGGGCUGUCUUCUACCUGGUGUUCUCCUUCUACCCCACCCUGCCCUGGAGCACCUGCAACAACUACUGGAACACAGCAAAUUGUGUCGAUGUUACAAUAACGAAUCACACCAACCACAGCAAAGGAACCGCAGCUGCAAUUGAGUUCUGGGAACGUCGAGUGUUAAAAAUCUCAGGUGGUAUUGAGGAGAUCGGCAGCAUCAGGUGGGAGUUGCUUUUGUGCCUCCUGGCUAUGUGGGUCGUUUGUUACUUCAGCAUAUGGAAAGGGGUCAAAUCAACUGGAAAGGUGGUGUACUUCACUGCCACUUUCCCUUAUGUGAUGCUACUCAUCCUUCUGAUCCGAGGAGUCACUCUUCCGGGAGCCGGACAAGGAGUGGAGUUCUACCUUCUGCCCGAGGUUUCGCGACUGAAAGACCCUCAAGUUUGGAUGGAGGCCUGCUCACAAAUCUUCUUCUCGUACAGCCUCGGUGCGGGUACCUUGACUGUACUGGGAAGUUACAACAACCAGCGCAACAACUGUUACAAGGACUGCUUGUUGCUGUGUUUGCUGAACAGUUGUACCAGUGUGGUCGCUGGCUUUGCCGUCUUCUCGGUGCUGGGAUUCAUGGCUCACGAGCAAGGUGUUCCAAUCUCACAAGUGGCUGAGUCAGGUCCAGGCUUGGCAUUCAUCGCGUACCCUCAGGCGGUGGCCAUGAUGCCGCUGCCUCAAUUCUGGGCUGUCUGCUUCUUCAUCAUGAUCAUCCUCCUGGGCCUGGACACACAAUUUGUUAGCGUGGAGGAGGUGAUGACGUCUGUCUCGGACAUCUUUCCCACAGUGAUGCGUCGGGCGGGGAGGCGGGAAAUUUUCCUUCUGCUCUUCUGCCUCACAGCUUUCUUCUUUCAGCUCAUCAUGAUUACUGAGGGAGGGAUGUACAUCUUCCAGAUUCUUGACUACUACGCAGGCAGUGGAGUCUGUGUCCUCUUUGUCUGCAUAUUUGAAAGCUUGGCAGUAGGCUGGAUAUUUGGAGCAGAGCGACUGUGUGGCGUCAUCAAGGACAUGACUGGCGACCGUGUCAACCCGUUCUUCAAAAUCUGCUGGCUCUUCCUAACACCUUUCGUUUCAAUGGGUUCUUUUAUAUAUUCUCUAGUUGAGUACAAGCCACUGACAUACAACCGAAUUUACGUGUACCCCACUUGGGCCCACGUGGUGGGCUGGAUGAUGGCCCUCUCCUCCAUCCUGCAGAUACCGGGCUGGGCAUUGUACAAGCUAAGCACCGCCACCGGAACCCUCAGUCAGCGUCUCCAUCGGCUGUGCUGGCCCGAGCCACCUGACCGCUCGGAGACCCAAAGGAGAGAGACGAUGCUGGCACAGACCACUGAGGAGGCUCGUGUAUGAUUCUAACGUUCCAAAGAAAUUGCAUAUAACGCCACUGGUGGGGCAUUUAAAUUCAAUGUCGGAAAAAUUCAUGUUGUAAACACACCAAUGACAAUUCAGAUCAAGAUGGUGGCCUGUGUUCUUCACAUUAAUAAAAUAUAUUUACAUGAAUUAGAAACUAUUGUUUUUUUGUACCUACAGUACAAUGGACAGUUUUGCUUUCAAUACCACAUUAAUUUUUUUUUUCACAGGUUUUUAGUACAUUUUUCUGUGCAAUUUGAAAGAUUUCAGACAAUUUCUAAAUGAGAGGCAAAUUACAUUUGCUUAAGACUGUUUGUCACUUACAGUUAUCAUUUACUGUUAAAAAAAAAAAAAACUGGUGGGGUAUUUAAAUUCAAUGUCGGAAAAAUUCAUGUUCUAAACACUACAAUGACAAUUCAGAUCAAGAUGGUGGCCUGUUCUUCACGUUAAUAAAAUAAUAUUUCCAGGAUUUAAA